AUGGCUGGGGCCCCAGGAGUUAAAUGGUCAUUUCUGGUGGUGCUCCUGCAGCUUAUCCUUAUUUGCUCCUCUCAGAGGAGUGAAGGACCUGCUGGCCCUCCUGGACCUGCAGGUGUCCCAGGAAUUGAUGGCAUAGCUGGGGAGAGGGGAGAAGAGGGCAAGGAUGGUCUUCCUGGUCCUGAUGGCGAUGCAGGUAAACCCGGCUCUACAGGAUUACCUGGAAUUCCUGGAAAUGACGGUUUGACUGGCCCCAUUGGGGAUCUUGGGCCUGACGGUCCCCCUGGACAGAAAGGUGAACCUGGAAAUUCUGGGCCUCGUGGAACAGCUGGUGUUGGGCCAGAUGGACCUCCAGGACCACCAGGGCCUGGAGGACUUCCUGGUGAAGUGGGAAAAGUUGGACUUCCUGGGGCCAUGGGUGUGAGAGGGCCGCAGGGACCCCGUGGACCAACAGGACCCAGAGGUGCAGCUGGAAUGCUUGGCAGUGCUGACCUGUGUCCGAACUCUUGUCCACCUGGUACUCCUGGGCAUCCUGGCCUUCCUGGUAUGAAGGGCCACAAAGGGGUGAAAGGUGAAGCAGGAGAACCUGGGAAACAAGGGCACAAGGGUGAAGAGGGAGACCAGGGAGGUCCAGGAGAGGUUGGAGCCCAAGGACCAACAGGACCUCAGGGAAUUCGUGGAGCCACAGGUAUGAUGGGCACCAAGGGAGAAAUGGGAGCUCGAGGUCCUGAUGGAGAUCCAGGUCCCCAGGGAGUUGCUGGGGCCACUGGAGACCAAGGCCAGAGAGGUGUGAUGGGGGAGCCUGGGCCUAAAGGUGAAACGGGCAUUCAAGGACCAAGAGGGAUCACAGGCCUUCCAGGUCCCAAGGGAGAGCCUGGCUUACCAGGUGUGGACGGUCGUGAGGGCAUUCCUGGUAUGCCAGGAGCCAAGGGAAACAUUGGGAAGCCAGGAGUUCCUGGAGAGGUUGGACUUCAGGGGCUUCCUGGUUUGCCUGGUACGUCUGGACCAAAAGGCUUAGGUGGCCCUAAGGGAGAUUCUGGUCAGGGAGGCUUACCAGGAACACUGGGAUCUACUGGAAAACCUGGGGAGCGCGGAGAACAGGGAGAAGUGGGACCUGUGGGACCCAUCGGUGAGCCUGGAGAUUUGGGAGAACAAGGCCCAGUGGGACCAGCUGGCAAGCCAGGUGCAAGGGGACCAAAAGGUGAUCCCGGUCUUCCUGGUCUCCCAGGUCCUCCUGGCCUGCCAGGAGCGAAAGGAGAGAGAGGAGAGCGUGGAGAAGCUGGACCCAAAGGAGACCAAGGAGCACAGGGUGAUGAAGGAAAUUCUGGAGAGAAAGGGGAUGUUGGUGACCCAGGAGAGCCUGGACCAAAAGGAGAGACCGGAAACCCUGGUGAGCCUGGCAAAAGAGGUCCAGAGGGAAAUCGAGGUCAGCCUGGUAUUGAGGGUCCUCUUGGCACACCUGGACCACGUGGCAUGCAAGGGAACAGGGGUCCACGUGGAGUGAGAGGGUCCCAGGGUCCUGCGGGUAAAGAGCCAAGUGAUCAGCACAUCAAACAGGUUUGCAUGCGAGUCAUGCAAGAACAGCUGGCUCAGUUAGCUGCUAGUUUAAGAAGGCCAGAGUCUGGCGUUGCUGGUUUACCUGGUAGGCCAGGACCUCCCGGGCCUCCUGGACCUCCAGGAGACAAUGGCUUCCCUGGGCAGGCCGGAGCAAGAGGUCUUCCAGGACUCAAAGGGCCACAAGGACAGAUGGGGUUGAAAGGACCCAAAGGUGAAAUGGGCGACAGAGGGGGAAGAGGACCCACUAUGCGAGGACCUAAAGGUCAGCCAGGACCCCCAGGACUUCCUGGGGAACCAGGAAAGCCUGGGUACGGUCAAGAUGGUCGGGAUGGGCAAAGAGGACCCCCUGGCGUUCCUGGACAGCCCGGCGUGCCUGGACCUCCUGGUGCAGCUGGUCCAAAUGGUUACUGUGACCCAUCAGCUUGCAACCUCCCAGCAGGGGCUGCCCAGCAGUCUCUGGAUGUGAAGGGACCUGCAGGGAACUAAGAGACACUUUGGCAGAGACAGAAAGACUGCUGGAUAAUCUCCCCUGAGCACACAACAUUUGUCACACUUUCUUCCUGGGGGCUGCAGUUGGCAGGGUGUCUUUGAUUCAUUAACCUCUUCAAGCAUGUUUUGUGUCAACAUCUCCAUCAGGGGGAGCCAGCAUCUUUGAGUCGUAAAAAGGAGCAAAACACCGCUUUUCAUGUGCUGCAAAGCUCACUCUCAUGUGUUUUCCUUUCUGAGAGAUGUUUUGAUGUAUUCAGGACUGUGCUCACAUUUCCAAAAUUUGAAAUGAUCAGAGAUGUUUGUUUAUUCCACGCUCUUUGUACAUCUGCUUGAAUUUUCCUUUCAUGUUCUCCAUUUUCAUUGUUUUAUGAAUAAAAACGCAACUUUUUUUUUCACAGAAGAGCUCAAAAUAGCAUUCAAAGCAAAUCAGGGUCAGGAUUCUGUAGGUUUAAAGAUCCUGUUUUAGUUUUACGUUCUCCAGGUGAUAAUGUAACAAGGAUAAACCUGCUGAAACCUAAUUUAUUUAAUUUCCAUUUCCAUGCCAGGUUGCUUUGUCAGCCCUACACUUCCAAAUAAAAAGGAGAGAGGAUGAAGGUGUCACCAAGUCACACUGACUUCAGUGAAUGUUGUA